AUGCACACGUCAGGAAUCCUUUACCAUCAACAUCAUAUCAAGGUCGACAACUGUUCCAACGACAUGGACUACAUCUUUGAUAGUGGUGAUAGCCAGGAUGACCCGACUUAUAUACCAGUGUCCUCCCCACAGCAAAACAUACAAGAAGAUGUAUUUGAACAAGUAGAGAAGGACUUGCUGAUUGCCGCCACGCUGCCCCGUCGCCUCGACUUGUCCUCUACGCUCGAUAUUAACCAGCACACCGCCCUCGUGAAUGCUUAUAUAGAAGAACUGGCUGCUAGGCACCACAUCGCUGUCCUAGAUAUGAACAGACUACAGCGGAAGCACUUCACGAGGCACGGGAUGCAUCUCCACACUAGAGGGAAAUGGCAACUGGCCAGACCCAUCGUGGAGGCUGGCGGGUUGAGCGCCUCGACUGCUGCAGCCAAGAAGGCUGAGGUUGCUCCUGAAACCCGCACUGCCGUCCCACCGCUGCUGCCGCCGCCGCCGCCACCGUCACUGUCACCGUCACUACCGCCGCCUCCGCCACCGACACUGCCGCCGCCGCCGUCACCGUCACCGCGAACAGACUCUCUACAGCUGACUCCAGAGCCCCCGAUGCCGACUAUAUCUUGUGACGACGCCACUAAAGGACCAGCAGCCAAGAAACAGCUAAUUGAAGCUUAG